GAGGAGGCCAACAAGGGAGAGGAGAAGGUCCAGGAGGGAGAGCAAGACAACCUCGCACCAUCAUUACGGACGAGAUGCGAGCAACAGUCAUUGACCAUGUCAUUGUCCAUGGCAUGACAAUGGCUGAAGCAGGACUAAGAGUCCGUCCAAACCUGAGUAGGUUCACCGUGGCCACCAUUAUCAGGGCAUUCAGACAACACAACAGAGUUGAAAGAAUGUCACAUAGAGGUGGGAGGGUUGCCAUAUUUACAGCGGCACAAGAAACCCUCAUUGUGGAUAUGGUUCGUGAGAACAACCUCAUCAGACUCCGGGAGAUCAGAGACAAAGUCACUGCCGAUAAUGUGAACUUUGAAGGCAUUGAUGAUGUCAGCUUGGCCACAAUAGACCGAGUUCUCCGGCCCCAAAAGAUGCGGAUGAAACAAGUCUAUAGGGUUCCCUUUGAGCGAAACUCUGCACGACACAAAGACCUACGUUAUGAGUAUGUGCAAAGGAUAUUACAGUUGGACGCGAUGGCCAGACCUCAUGAGUACCUCUUCCUGGAUGAGGCUGGCUUCAACCUGCAGAAACGAAGUGCUACUGACACCAGCAUGAACCAGGGCUACAGAGGUCAAAAAUAUAUCAUGUACCAUGGGACCACCAGAACGGGCGCUGAAGUCAUCAAGUCCAAAGGUUUUCAACAGUCUGGAGACGGGAUGCUCGGCCGCGGCGUCUAUCUCAGCCGAGACCUGAAGAAAGCUAGCCGCUAUCCCAUUGGUCACCCUGAGUCUGACAAGGUCGUCGUCAUGGUUGAGGUUCAUGUGGGGAAAGUGAAAAGGAUCGAUUAUCAUGGCCAUCCGCUUCAGAAGACCUGGCAUGAAGAAGGCUAUGACACCGCCUGGGUGCCACCCAGGUGUGGAUUGGGGAAGAGCGGUGACAAGGAUUGUGUCUGGGAUCCCAAAAGAAUCAAGUACAUUAAAACCAUAAAACAACAACCAGACGCCUGUUGUUUAAUUUAG